AUGAACGCCUUCAUGGUAUGGUCCAGGGGGCAGAGGCGGAAGAUGGCCCAGGAGAACCCCAAGAUGCACAACUCUGAGAUCAGCAAGAGACUGGGGGCCGACUGGAAGCUCCUGAGCGACUCCGAGAAAAGACCCUUCAUAGACGAGGCCAAGAGGCUGAGGGCUGUCCACAUGAAGGAAUACCCGGAUUACAAGUACAGACCCAGGAGGAAGACCAAGACCCUCCUGAAGAAGGACAAGUACUCCUUACCUGGCAAUCUCUUGGCUCCAGGCGUCAGCCCAGUCACCAGCACGGUUGGCGUUGGCCAGAGGAUAGACACUUAUGCCCACAUGAAUGGCUGGACUAAUGGGGCUUAUUCUCUGAUGCAGGACCAGCUUGGCUACAGCCAACAUAUGCACAGGUACGACAUGAGCAGCCUGCAGUACAACCCAAUGAUGUCUUCUGCCCAGACCUACAUGAAUGCAGCUUCUACCUACAGCAUGUCUCCAGCCUACAACCAGCAAACCUCCACCGUCAUGAGCCUAGGCUCCAUGGGCUCAGUCGUUAAGUCGGAGCCUAGUUCUCCACCACCUGCCAUCACCUCCCACACUCAGAGAGCCUGUUUAGGAGACCUGAGAGAUAUGAUCAGCAUGUACCUGCCUCCAGGUGGAGAUGCCAGCGACCCAGCCUCCCUCCAGAACAGCAGGUUACACAGUGUCCACCAACAUUACCAAAGUGCAGGGACUGCGGUCAAUGGCACUGUACCACUAACGCACAUUUAA